CGUAAACAGAACACGCUUUACGAGGCACACCUAUCAAUAGCACAUGGAAAGAACCAAAACAGAUAAUUGCUUGUUCUUGUAUUUUAGUACGUCACCACAACUUAUCUACUCAUAAUUUGAAGAAACCACUUCAAUUUUAUUACUUUCUAUAUCUAACUGAGCCGGAAUCCUUCCAUUCUCGACUUUAUCACAAACUACGAAAAAACAUUCAUGCCUGGACAUGGAGCCGUACAAAUAGCUCGCCAUACUUUAUUCCGUUCUCUGCGGACAAACAUUAUCCCACUCUCCGUUAGAGCUCAAUCAAUAACACGGACACGAAUAAACUCGGUUCGUUUCGUGCAUUCUUCCAACUAUAGAAUAAAGCAAAAUUCUCCACGGGCUCUCGAAAAAAGAAAAUCCGUUUUACCGCGGAAUCAAUGGUUUAAAAGGCAUCAAUGGCAAAAUGUUCGUCAACUGUCGUUUUUUUCUACGCAUUGGAAACGUCCAUUUGGUAAUACUUUUCACAAACUCAAAAACUUACUGUUUCGGCAAAGCAAACCUCUAACUGUUGACAAUGUCUCGGCCUUCUUCAGCUGGUGGCUUGUUAGCCAUAUCAUUUGGAUCGUUGUUGGUACAACAACCUUUUUCUCAUUGCUUAUAUAUUUAUUAAAUACCGUUUUUGCUCAGGAGCUGCUUGCAAAAUGGAUCAGUCAGUUGGUCACGCGCAAUACUGGAUUCCACGUUAGUUUUGACAGUGCAAUUGUUCCUAAUUGGCGAAAAGGUUUAAUUACGGUAAACAAAAUGGUUCUGCAUCGUAGGCCAGAACACGAAGAACCUUCCUUAAAGAAGAUUUCUCCCCAGCCUGUUCACUCUGUAAACCAAAAAACACAAGAGCCUCGUUCAGCUAAUCAACCAAUCGUCUUGGCACCGAAGAACAUGAUACAGAAAAACGAAGAUUACACACAAUUCGACUUGACCAUUGAAAAGGCCGAUGUCUCGUUUAGUUUUGUUCGUUGGCUUAACGGAAAGGGUAUCAUAAGAGAACUGUACUUGCGCGGCGUGCAUGGAGUGGUUGAUCGUCGUUUCUUAAAACAGGAUUUGACUUUGGAUCCUCGUGAUUACAGACGUAAGCACAAUUGGGGUGACUUCGAGUUUGAACGUUUUAAACUAGAAGACCUCCGCGUGACGGUUCUACAGCCAGACGGACCAACCAGAUUUCCCGUGAAUGUUUUCUUCUGUGAAUUGCCACGUUUACGAAAGCAAUGGCUUUUAUAUGACUUUUUGAAUGCAAACACGUUGACGGGAAGUUUUGAUAACAGCAUGUUUACUAUUCACCGUCUGCAAUUGCAGCCUCCGUCGGCGCGUAGAAACACAAGCUUUGGUCCGCCUGGUUCCCAUUACAGCAGACUACGUAUAGACGGUGUCGGUGUUCGGCAUUUAAACAGAGAUGUUACUGGCACUUUUAGCUGGAUCACUCAUGGAAACGCUGAUUUCAUUAUUGACCUAGCGUUCCCCCCAGAACCAAAAAAACCAACUUUGCGACAACUCUCUCGCGAAGUUUGGAACCAAAUUAUAAAGAAACAGCCGUCAAACGGUGCAGAGUCAUCAAAACUUAGAAUUAAGGAAGCUAGUCCUAAUGUUUGGUUUGACGUACGCUUGCGACUUAAUAAUCUCCGUGCAGCUGUUCCGAUCUUCACUUCAGAUGUGAGUUAUGUGAACAACGCGCUUAUUCGGCCCAUAGUUGCAUACAUUAACUCCAGUCGCACUUAUAUUCCCGUAUCGUGUCGGUUUAUAAAGCCGUUAUCCGAUUUUGAUGGUAGUUGGACACUGUCAGAUAGCGGGAUUUUGCAAGAGCUUUCAUCAAGGGUGCACGAGUCCUUCGCGCGUGACGUGGUUGAUCAAGAUAUUCGUCGACGGCGUAUACAGACUGUUGGCAUCUGGAGUUUCCAAAGGAUCGUAGAAUUGUUACGCACAUCCAUGCAGGAAUUGUCACCCAUUUCACCGGACACCAGAUAAGAAUAACAAUUCAGCAUCCUGGAUUAAUGACUGAAACAUUCUGUCUUGCGGCUCAUUCAGUGUGAUGUGCAAGUUACUACAUUUCACUUUUGAAAGCAAUUGCGUUUCGUUUUUUACGACGUUCGACAUCAUUAUCCUCUUGAGCCUUGUACAUUGUUCGAGCAUAUGCUGCUUUAGGUAACAAUUUUCGAUCCCAUAUCUCUGCGGGGAGCAUUGACCCACUUGGAUCUUCAACAUGAAUAUGCUUUUCCAAAGAAUCAAGCAAAUUUGGGUUUUGAAAGUCGCUAUUUUCUAACAAUCUCAUGUGAAAAUGAACACCAUUGUCCUUUAACCGCAAAAAUUCAUGAAACUUCUCAUUUAACACUGGAGCAGCUAACUGGUUGGGUGGUGAUGCCGGAAAUUUGCCUUUGAACUGUUCAUCACACGGUUUUUCGGACAAAUCUUCUUUUUCGGCUUCCUCUUCAUCUUCCGAGGCAUAGGCUACUAAUGGUGCUUGAUGAUUCAUUCCCGUUUACUAAUAUAAAUAACUGAUCGCUUGUUCAAAAACAGUGAGCAUUACCUUUCUGUGUUGCUUCUCCCCAGUCGAGACCUAAGUCUGUCAGACCUCGACCGCUUCCCAAACAAUACUUCCCCACUACCCUUCAAAAAUAAAAGCUACAGCAAAAACUUUCAUCUGCUUCUAC